AUGAGCGAGGGGGCUGCAGGCGCCGCGGCGCCGGGGGCGGCGGAGGCGGCAGCGGCGGGGGGCCCGGGCGGGGAUGGGGCCGGGGGGCCGCCGCGGGAGCUGCGCUGCAGCGACUGCAUCGUCUGGAACCGGCAGCAGACGUGGCUGUGCGUGGUGCCCCUCUUCAUCGGCUUCAUCGGCCUGGGGCUCAGCCUCAUGCUGCUCAAGUGGAUCGUGGUGGGCUCCGUCAAGGAGUACGUACCCACGGAGCUGAUGGACGCUAAGGGCGUGGGGCAGGACCCCUUUUUCCUCUCCAAGCCCACCGCCCCCCCGCGCGGCGCGGAGACCACCGCCGCCGCCACGCCGCGGCAGCCCAGCCGCGUCAGCCCCCGCCUCACCACGAUGAGCCGGGCCCCCCCGCGGCCCCCCGGCACUCGCGGCCCGGCACGGGGCGGCCCACGGCCCACGGUGGCGCGGCACCCCGCCGCGCCCCACACGGCGCCGCCCGCCAGCGGCCCCCCGGGCACCGCCGGCCGCGGCGCCCGCCCGCCGCCCGCCGCCCCCAGCACCCCGCCGCUGCCCGCCUGGCCCACUGCGGCACACGCUACCUCUUCCUACAAGAUCUACGUCCACGACUCGGCGCCGUCCUGGACCCUGUCUCCUUUCCAGGAGUCGACCACCACCACGCCCGAGGCCAGCACGACCCCGAAAACCCAUACUACAACAUAUUCCACUGAGCGAUCUGAGCACUUUAAGCCAUGCAAAGACAAGGAUCUUGCAUAUUGUCUCAACGAAGGGGAAUGCUUUGUGAUUGAAACCUUAACAGGAUCACAUAAACACUGCCGGUGCAAAGAGGGCUACCAAGGAGUCCGCUGUGACCAAUUUUUGCCGAAAACCGACUCAAUCUUGUCAGAUCCAACAGACCAUUUAGGAAUCGAAUUCAUGGAGAGCGAAGAAGUGUACCAGCGCCAGGUGCUGUCUAUUUCCUGUAUCACCUUUGGCAUAGUCGUGGUGGGCAUGCUUUGUGCAGCGUUCUACUUCAAGACAAAGAAACAAACCAAGCAAAUCCAUGAGCAGCUGAAAGAAACACAGAACAGGAAAACCUACAGCCUAAAUGCUUCCAGCAUGAUGGCAAAGUCAGAGUGUGUGGCACAAAGCCGAGUCCAGCUGCAAAAUUAUUCAAAAACAGAUAGGCAUCCUGGGCCUGUUCUGGACAAAGUUAUGGAGUCUAGUUUUUCAAGCCCUCAGUCUUUCACAGAGGCCUUGUCUCCUGACAGAGGAACUCAGCCCAUCAAGCAACAUAGAAGUCUCUCUUCAUGCUGCAGCCCAGGACAAAAAAGUGGGAUGCUACAUAGAAAUGCCUUUCGGAGGACUCCUCCCUUACCUCGGGGUAGGUUCAAUGGAAUUACAGGACCAGCAUAUCAACAACUAGAAGAGUCAAGGAUCACAGACCAGGACCCAAUACCUUGUCACAGGUGUUCAUCCACUGGUUUAAAAACUCCUCAGAAUACUUCAAUAAAUAUGCAACUGCCUUCAAGAGAGACAACCCCUUAUUUUAGUAAUGUGGAUCAGAAGGACUUGGUCGGCUGUUCAUCUUCAAGGGCCAACUCCGUUCCCAUCAUCCCGUCUGUGGGCUUGGACGAAGCCUGCAUGCAAAUGCAAAACGUUUCUGAAGUAACAGGCAUCAAAUGGUGCAAAAACUCCUAUUCAGCUGAACUUGUCAAUGUGAGUUCCCCAGUCAGUAAUUGUCUUAUAGCAGAACAACACGAAGUGAAAAUAUUGCUAGAAACUGUGCAGGAGCAAAUUCGGAUCCUGACGGAUGCGAGGCGGUCGGAAGACUAUGAACUGGCGAGCGUAGAAGCAGAGAGCGGCGCGAGUGAAAACACGGCCUUUCUGCCCAUGAGCCCCAUGGCCAAGUCAGAGCAAGAGGCACAAUUUGUCUUAAGAAGCGAAACGCAAAGAGACUCGGUAUUGAGCAAGUGA